UGUGCUGAUGAGCAGCAGCGACCUCCUCCCGGAUCACAUCGUCUUUCUAUCCGCUGAAGAUCCGACGUCCAUUUCACACGGACACACAACGAACCUCCGACAUCUUGGCUCCGGGUUCUGACUCAAAGACACACAAAACUCACACAAAUCCACAAAAACCCACAAAGAAGCUGAAACCUUCCGUCGUUGGUCCGGAACCCGAACAUCUCCGCAGCUCGUCCCGUCUCCGGAGCAGCGAUGGCUGAACAUCUGUCCCAGAGCGAGCUCGACUACCCCUUCAAACUUCUGGAGUAUUUCAACGGGUUCAGGGUCUCCAAGGUGAUCUUCUCAGCGUGUGAGCUGGGCGUGUUCGACCUCCUGCUGGCGUCCCCGGAGCCGCUCAGCGCGGCGGCCGUGGCCCGGGAGCUGAGCGCCAGCGUGGACGGGGUGGAGCGGCUGCUGGACGCCCUGGUGGGCAUCGAGAUCCUGGAGGUGGAGACCAAAGAGGGGACGGCUGUUUACAGCAGCACGGAUGUGGCGAGCCUCUACUUGGCCCGAGGCAGCGCCAAGUCUCUCCACGACAUGAUCGUCUACCAGUCCCAGACCAUCUACCCUCUGUGGAACAACAUGGUGGAUGCUGUCAGGGAGGGGAAGAACCAGAAUGAAAAGACCUUCGGCCUCCCCUCAGCGGACAUCUUCAAAGCUAUUUACAGAUCGGAGGAGGAGAUGCUGAAGUUCAUGGGUCUGAUGAACUCCUCGUGGGUUCUGGACGGACACGACAUCGUGACGGCGUUCGAUCUCUCCGGCUUCCAGACCGUCGUAGAUCUCGGAGGAUGCACCGGGGCUCUGGCUCGAGAGAUGGCGGCGGCGUACCCGUCCUCGUCCGUCACCGUGUUCGACCUCCCGCAGGUCGUGGAGACGGCUCAGAAACAUUUCUCCCAGGAGGACGAUACCGUUGCUUUUCAGACCGGUGAUUUCUUCGAUGGAGAAGUUCCUGCUGCUGACUUGUACGUUCUGGCCAGAAUCAUCCACGACUGGCCGGAGGAGAAGUGUGUGACGCUGCUGAAGAAGAUCUAUGAGACCUGCAACCCAGGUGGGGGCGUCCUGCUGGUGGAGGCCAUGCUGUUUGAGAACCGCCGAGGCCCCAUCAUGGCUCAGAUCUUCUCCCUCAACAUGCUGGUGCAGGCGGAGGGCCGCGAGCGCCCCCCCUCCGAGUACACCCGCCUGCUGAAGGCCAGCGGCUUCCUGAACGUCCAGGUGUGUCGGACCGGGAAGUCCUACGACGCCAUCCUGGCCACCAGAUGAAGUCGGGGAAAGUAAAGAACAUUUCAACCUAAACAUUUCAAGGCCUUGAAAAUGUAUAAAUAAUUUCUCAGUGUGACGAGAAAAGUGCGUCUCGUGGAUUGUGUUGGAUUGUUUCAAACCAGGAUUCUGCUGAGUUCAGGUUCCCUCGUAGAAGUCCGACGUAGCAGAACCUUCCAGACUAACCUCAGUUUACCUCUGUCAUGUCUCUGCUGGUGUUCUCACAAAGUUCUCUUCAUGUUUCCUCUGACCGUCACAGUGUGAAGAAUCUGUUUACUGCUGUUUCAAACUGGUGCUUUGGUGACGUCUGUUCUCAUUCUGCUGUUCUGUGUGUUUUUAUUUUCUAUCCCUGUGGGCGAUCUUGAAAUUUUAGUGACAUCACACAGACGUCUCAUCUUUAAUCUUUCAUAUCAUCUCGUGGCUGCUGAGACGUUUGCAUAUUGAUGACUCAGUAGAAAACUGUGUGUGAGAGAUCAGUGAGUUUAUUUUCUGGUUUUUGUGCGAUUUGCAUGUUAUCGAUGAUGCAAAAACUCAAACUGUAGAAACGUAUAGAAACUUCUUUGUGUAUAAAGCCCACCUAAUAAACACACUCGACCUAGUCUCAGCUGUCAGUCAUGAUUUGUUUUAUAGCAUCAAUUAACUAAUAAAAAAACAAACUUAUCAGAAACACUUGAGCAAACAUCAGUGUGAUAAGAACUAACUGUAUCGACCUUAUGACCCAUAUUGCAUCCACCUUUAUAUACAAUCUAUAAACACAUGGUAUCAUCAGCUUGUUUUCUGUCCUCUGGUCGUUCCACUAAACAUCUUAACAGCAUGUUUCCCUCAGAUUCAAUCAUAGACACAUGAUGUUUACUGUCUGCAUAUGGUUAAUUUUUUUAUUAAAAUGUUUGAACUCAAAAAGAUUUGCAUGUGUAAACAGCUCUGGUGUGGUGGACUCUGUUAAUUCAGCAGUUUUCUGUUGUAUAAAAGGUGAAGUUCCUGC